AUGCCCUGGGAAGAGCCUGCAGGCCAGAAGCCCAGUUGCUCCCGUGGUCAGAAAGCUUCCCGCACUGGGCCAGCUCGGAGGCCACGCUCCACCAGCGAGAUGGUGGCCCGGGCCCUCUCCUGCGUUUCCACGGAGUCGGUCCCCGGAGAGACUCCUUCGCAGCCUCGGAGCCUCCCUUGCCGCUCACGCGUCAGCAUGGACGACCUGUGGCUGGAGAAGUCCCAGAGGAAGAAGUUGCAGAGACAGGCCCAGGUUGAAAGGAGGAUGCUCGCGGCGAUUGUGCCCCAAGCUGGAGUCAAGAGUUGGAGGAAGACGAUCAUCACCUCUCCAGAGCCCUCGAAUCUCCCUAGAAGAAGUUGUCCGCUCUCCCAGAGUGCCCCAGUGGGACUGAACCACUCGGGCUGGCUGGAGCAUGUCCCUGACACGGGAAAUCCUCCCCAUGUUUGGAAGGGUAGCCAAGAGCUAGCCCAGUCUGGGAGCAUGCCACACUCCGCCCCACGAGAGGGGGCCCAGGACAAAUCCACCAUCCAGUCCUCUCCUAGUGGAGUCAGCAGGCCAGAUGCAAUCUAUGAUCCUAGUGCCUCCAGAGCUCAUGCCCGUGACAUUGGAAGGGUCUGUGAGGAGGAAUUUGGCUACCGCCUUCUGGGUGUAUGGCUAUUUCGCAAGCUGUAG